AUGCGUUUCCUGGCAUCAUUGCUUACUACAUCUCUGGGACUCGCUGUAGAGGCUGCCCACCGGACAAGUGGCGACGCUGUCAACAACACGAGAACAAGCCACGUGGCAUUCAAAUGUGGCCCCAAAACUGCAAACGUUACCUGUGUUAAUCGCUAUGGCUCUCUUCUGCCGCCGUCUUUCUCCCGCGAUCCCGACCCUGCUGUCCCAUACACCGGUACCACGGUCCCGGAAGAUUCGUCGUGGUUGCUGGUACAAGGUGCAGACUUCGUGCUGUAUGACCACAAAAGAGGGUUGGAGCUUCUCGGUUCGGCGCCCAAGAUAUAUCGCGGACUCGUGCCCACGCUCAAUGUCAUACAUGAGGCGCCCGUAUUCGUCCCGGGGCUCAACAAGCUUUUUGUGCAGCAGGAUGGUCCCCCCGGAGGCAUGUCCAUCAUGCAGCUGGACCUUAACCACGACCCUCCCGUUAAGUCGUGGGUUCAGACUGACCCCCCCAUCUACCAGCCCACCGGAGGACUCUACAACCCUAAAGACGGCAUGAUCUACUACGCUGUCCACGGCAACAAUGCGUCUCUGCCUAAUGGACUCAAACAGCAUGCCGGACUGGCACGCGUCGACCCCAGGACUCUAAAAGCCGAGUGGUUGGUCAACAACUAUUACGGUUUCAACUUUGCCGGCCCCAACGAUCUCGUCAUUGAUCCCGUUGGCGACAUCUGGUUCACUGAUACGGACUACGCCUAUGUGAUUGGUGUUUCCGACUCUCCCAAACAGCUACAGCUGGCGACCUGGCGGUACCGACCUUCGACGGGUCAGGUGCAGGUUAUGGACACUAGUCUCUCCUAUCCCAAUGGUAUUCAGUUCUCGAGGGAUUGUAAAAGACUAUUCAUCGCCGACUCUGGUCUUGAAAGCUAUAGUCCUAUUCCAACACGCGGCGCAGGUGACUUCUACAACUACCCUUUGUACAUCCAAUUCAACAGCACCGGGGCACGCAACAUCUACGCGUGGGAUGUGGCGCGAACAGGAAGCGACGGCAAACAUCCUGUCAUCAAUAACAAGCGCGUCAUAUUCCAGUCGCUUGAGGGGGCGCCGGACGGGCUCAAAGUCGCCGCAAAUGGGUACUUGGUUGUUGCGGGCGGACUAGCUCCGGGCGUUGAUAUCAUCGAUGAUCUAGGCAACCAGAUUGCCCGGAUCCAGACCAGUCAUCCGGUCGAGAACAUUCAGUGGUCCGGACAUGAUCUAAAGACGAUAUGGCUGGUGGGGAUUGGCGGCAUCACCAAGGUUGAGUUUGAUCUUGCCGGUCCCGACCUAUCUAAAUUUUAUCAGUGCUAG